AUGUCUUUCCUCGGUGGCGGGCCUGAGUGCUCCACGGCGGGCAACCCUCUCAGCCAGUUUGCAAAACAUACUCAGGAAGACAACAGUCUGCAAAGAGAUCGUAUUAGAAAUGGAACUCCUCAGGGUGGCAUGGGCGGCUUUCGUAGUGCCGCACAACAUGGUCCACAAGAUGAGAUGAUGAACGGCUUUCUGCAGCAGAAUGGCCGGCUACCCGACAUGCCGCUUGAGGGCAUGAAUCAGAUACGAUUAGAUCACCCCGCACACGGUGUUCAUCUACGAGCGAACUCGACUUCACCAGCAUGGGCGAACGAAUUCCAGCAGAACCCACAGGCAGCGAUGGAAUCCGCGUUCAAGGUCCCCCAGGGCACACAGUUCAGCCCCGAAGAUUAUGCCAAGUUUCAACAGAUGACAAGUCAAGCGAAUUCAUCUCGAGCGAGUCCCAUGCCUUCAGCCAUGCAGUAUCAAAACCCAAUGAUGGGAAUGGGAUCGAUGAACGGCAUGAAUAUGGGGAUGGGCUACGGCAUGAGUGGCAUGCCCAUGUACCGUCCUAUGCCACAGCAACAGUUCUCGCCAGAAUCGAUUCAAGAUAAGGGGAAAGGAAAGGAAAAGGUGGUAGAACUAGACGAUCAACAAUGGGAGGAGCAAUUCAAGCAACUCGAGCUACAGGAGAAGGAUGUUAAGGAAAAAGAUGAGGCCGCCGCCCUUGAGCCCGAGCUCAACAAGCUAGACGAGCAGAUCCUAGAGUCGGAAACGAACGAAUUUGGAGACUUCGAGUCUAUCUGGAGAGGCAUCCGAGCAGAGGAGGCCGCCGCUAAGGAAGCUAUCAACGAGGAAGAGUGGGUUGAGCAGUUAGGGGAUCCUGACUGGGCCGAUCGCUUUGGAGACUGGGGUAUGCCCGGUGCCAAUAGCAGGUUAAUGGGUGACCCUGAAAUAGAGAACUAUCUCUUCGAAGAGGAGAAUCUAUUUAAGGACACCGCAAACCCAUUUGAGGAGGGUAUGCGAAUCGUCGACGAGGGCGGCAAUCUUUCAUUAGCCUCUCUAGCUUUUGAGGCUGCUGUUCAAAAAGACCCGAAACACGUGGAUGCGUGGGUCCAGCUCGGUAUGGCUCAGGCGCAAAACGAGAAGGAGACGGCAGCUAUUCGGGCAUUAGAGCAAGCCAAGAACCUCGACCCGAAUAAUGCACCCGCACUCAUGACCCUAGCGGUUUCCUAUACGAACGAAGGCUAUGAUAGCAUAGCUUACCGAACCCUAGAGCGAUGGCUAUCCACCAGAUACCCUUCCGUCAUCUCACCUGGCGACCUCUCCUCCGCGGCCGAUAUAGGUUUCACAGAACGCCAGCAGCUUCACGACCGGGUUACGCAACUCUUCAUCAAGGCCGCACGGCUCAGCCCAGACGGCGAGCACAUGGAUCCGGAUGUGCAAGUAGGUCUAGGCGUGCUAUUCUACGGUGCUGAAGAGUACGACAAAGCCGUGGACUGCUUUUCGGCGGCGUUGGCGUCAUCCGAGCUUGGGGCGUCUAACCGGCAAAACCAGGUGCACUUGUUGUGGAACCGUCUAGGAGCAACGCUGGCUAAUAGCGGCAAGAGCGAGGACGCGAUCGCGGCGUACGAGAAAGCCUUAACGCUGAAACCUAACUUCGUGCGCGCGCGGUACAACCUCGGUGUCAGCUGCAUCAACAUGGGGUGCCACGCCGAGGCCGCGGGCCACUUGCUGGCCGCGCUCAGCAUGCACAAGACGGUGGAGAAGGAGGGCCGAGAAAAGGCCCGCGAACUCUUAGGCGGCGGUGUCAGCGACGCUCAGCUCGACGCAAUGACCACCCAGAACCGGAGUACGAACUUGUACGACACUCUGCGCCGCGUCUUCACGCAGAUGGGCCGCAGGGAUCUUGCCGAGAAAGUUUUACCUGGUGUCGACCCCGAGUCGUUCCGUGGCGAGAUCGACUUUUAA